AGUACCCUGCUCCAGCAAUGACCUUCAGAAUCCCGUGGCGGCUGCUGAUACCUCCUGGGUCUGUAGACACUGUAAUUGGCACGGAUGGUGGCCUCUCGCUCGCGCAGAAAAGUGGUGCAAAAGUGACUGUGUCAACUAGCGAAGAGGCUCCAGUGACCCUCAGCGACAAAAUUGUGAAGAUUGAGGGUUCUGUGGGAGAGCAAGAGGAAGUGCUAGGACACAUUGUAGCUGAGCUCUUCGAAUUUCAAGGCACCCUGGAAGAUGAGGACGGUCUUUGUGUUUUCGUUAUGCCUACUUCUGCCGUCGGUGCAGUCAUUGGUGCGAAAGGAUCUAAGAUCAGUGAAAUCAUGUCCGAAUCAGGUGCUGAGAUCGAUGUUGGUAGAGAAUGCAUCAUUGGAAUGCCCGACAAUCCAGUGGUGCUGCGCGGUCGACCAAGACAGAUUGUUCGAGCAGCUGUGCUGUGUAACGCAGUCCUUCAAGACUUGGCUGACAAAGGUCGGGUCCAGGCAGAUGAUUUCUUCUACAUCCCUGGCCGGGCCGCAACUGCGACAAGGAGCCGUGGAGCCUCAUCCGGCUCGCUGUCAUUUGCCCGCUUUUUGGUUGAGAAGGACUUUGCAGGCUUUCUGAUUGGAAAAGGUGGCGACAAGAUCAAACGUUUACGUGACCAAACAGGUGCCACCCUGCAGUUUAGAGGGCCAGCAGAGGAAGUGACACUCAUCCUGGGCCAAGACCAAAGAGUGCUGGAUAUCCGCGGCAGCGCUGAUGAACGCAACGAAGCAAUUAGAGCCUGUUUUGUUGAGAUGGAUGCUGCCUCAAUGUCAACCACACGGCUCUUAUUGCCACUUGCAUGUCCAGAAGUGCCAUUACAAGAGGCUGCCAAAGCUGCAGGUGCCUCCAUUGAGAUGUUGGACGACAUCGCCAGUCCAGAAAGCAGUGAACGAGUUGUGCUGUUGGGUGGAGACUCGUCAAUCCGCAUGGCAGCUGUCCUUGCUCUUGUAACGAAAGCUGAUGCCUACUCCAGCAAUGCACCCGUCACCGCCAACGCCAACCAGGCCAAGACCAACCAGACCAACCAGACCAACCAGACCAACCAGACGGCCGACCAGGCGCCAAGACCGAGCUCAUCGCUCAACGGAGAGUCAAGGCGUCAGAGCCAACCGCCAACGCCAGUUGUUCCUUCAGUUGACGUGGAAAAAAAGUUGGAGCCAGAAUCUGGCAAGGUUUUUACUUUUCAAGAAUUUCGGGUGGCAUUUGCCAAAGAAUAUUCCGAAAAGGACAUUGUUGACUAUUGGCGGGAUGCUUGCCAGCCAGUUCCCGAGCAGACUGAGACACAAAACAAAGAUGCUAGAAAGGAUGACAAAAAUGACGAGGGUAAUACAACUCCUGAGAUCCCAGAGGUCGAAACAAAGGAGGCAACUUCGGUGAGGCAAAUGCAGAGCCGCGAAGCUGCACCAUCUGCACCUCCUGUGACCAGGCCUUCCAAUGGAGACAUCGUCGCAGCAGAAAGACAUCAUUUUCCUCGAAGUAGCAAGGAAGGUUUAGGCACUUUGCUGAAAGACUCGCCACUUUCCGAACUCCACCUACUUCUUCCUAGCAGAUUGGUCAGGGGACCUUUGGUGGCCUAUGGCCAGUUGGCAGACAUUGCAGUGGGAUGCAGUGUGGAGAUUCAUGUUGGCACAGAGGUGUCUCCAGGACAAGUACAAGUCACUCUGAACGGAACAUGUGCCGCCAUUGCCAUGGCUACGGUGGCACUUCAAAUGCGCAUUUGCUUUGCACAAGGCUAGGACUAGGAUCGAGCAGCAGGGUUUGCAGGGCUAGACCAUCAGAUUUUUCUGCUGCCCUGGGAUCCUCAGCCUGUUGCGAUUCAAACUACCUCUUUCUGUCACAAACUGGCAAAUCAUCUGUAAAACAAUUGGUUGGUGCCAAUCCUGGUUGGGUUUUUCACACUUUCUUUGGAUUCGGAAUGGAAAUCUUAAGGCGUCUACUUGGCAUCACGGGGUCUCCUUUUUAUUGAUCCAACUUUCCAACGCCAAGGUGAUGAAGAUUUUGUGAAUUCUGCUUUGCCCAGACUUCGGUAGAAAGGAA